UGGUGCGAGGGGUCUGUUUCUCCCUUUUCACGGGGGUCUUCCCCAGCGUUUACGCCGGGUCUAUUAUCUUCUCCCGUGUUACGGGGAUCUUUUUCUCUCACUUGUUCAAGUCUAGCACACGGUUGUUCAUCUCCUUGGUUAGAGGGGUUCAUUAGCGCUGGUUCUACAGUAAUUUCAUGUUCAUCACUAUUGGAGCGUGGUUUACUUUGGUUGGUACUUCUACGAGUACACGGUUGUUCUACUCCUUGGUGAGAGGAGUCUAUCAGCUAUGGUUCUGCAGUACUUUCAUGUUCCUCACUCUUGGUACUUGAUAUACUCGGGCGGGUACUUCUUCUCUCACCAAAGAACACGUUCGGUGCCACCAACCCGGGAAGAAGCGCUUUAGUUAGCACCACGGUCCUGCUCCUGUCUACAAAAGCUGCUACCGUGGUGUCAUCCGCCCUCCUCGCCCGCGUUGGCCCCACUUCUGGAUGGGAGGCAAGGGCGGUCGCGGGGGCGGGGGGCCGGACUGGCGCUGCGGGCGGCGGACCGGGCGGCGGGCCGGGGGGGGCGACGCUGGGGUGAACUUGUACGUGAUUGAGGGCGCAGUGCGGGCGGGUGCACUUUUGCCCUUUCCAGUGGGAGUGACACGCGCGGUGGGGGGUUCGCCACGCGAGGAGGUCCUGCUGGAACGGCGUCAGCGUCGACACCGCAUGUUGGUUGGCGACGGGUGCUGCGGUUUUCCGCGGGCGGGAUGCUGUAUUUCCGCUUGUGGCGCUGCUCGCUAAUGCUUUCCUUUUCUGUGGCUGCGGGAGCCCGGCCGGGUCGUUGUUCAGCUUUCCGACGAUGGCGUUGGCGUUGCCUGGGUGUUGAGGGCCUGGUUCGACACGUUGAUGUUUGGGCCCAGAGCUUGCUCUUGCUGGGGCUGUAGCACGAGCUGGCCACCUAACGGGAGAUUGAUGGGCUGGGGCUGGCCUUGCUGCUGGAGGCCGCCGGGGGGGAGGUGGCCAGGCUGCUGUUGCUGCUGCUGAUGCUGCUGCUGCUGCUGCUGCUGGUACUGCGGCUGUUGCUGCUGCUGCUGCUGCUGCUGCUGCUGCUGCUGCUGCUGCUGCUGCUGCUGCUGCUGCUGCUGCUGCUGCAUCCUGAUCUCCAGGUUGCCGAGUCGGUCGCUUUGCUCUUUUAGGAGUACCGACAUUUGCAGCAGUAGCUGGACUGGGUUGAGGGGGGGAGGUGGGCCUCCCAGCCCGGCUGGCGCGGCUCCGCCCGCGUUCUGGUCGCCUCCUGCUGCCGGGGGCGCGUUGUUGUUUCCCGCCGCCGCCUGUUGGUUUCCCACCGCCGCUGCUGGCUGGUCUCCCGCUGCUCCUGCCUGUCCGCCACCGUGGGGAGCUGCCGCUGCUGCUGCUCCUCCGCCGCCGCUGCUCUGUUGUUGGUUAGCUGCGGGCGGUGGUCCGGGCGGCGGUGGUGGCGGUGGAGGUGGCGCUGGUUGCGCUGGUUGCAGCUGCUGGGGGGGACCCUGACCCUGCUGCUGCAGGUUGUUGCCGUUGUUCAUCACUCUGGCGUGUCUCGGACAGGAUUCGAUAAAAUUCGAUCAAGUCCCAAACGA